GGCCAAAAUUCGACAUGACAAAGGCAUUGGCUGUGUCCUUCAAGAUGACGCUCUUUGCAAUGUUCCUAUAUGUAUUUAUUAUAACAAUCCCGCCUUGUUCUAAGGGACAUGUCGCUGGGUUGGAAAAUGGUCAGGAUUAUGCUAAUCCCCAGUGUAGCUUGUCUUGUGGAUGCGUUCCAAGAUGGAAGGAAUUUUCACCAGUGUGUGUGGUGGACACCAUGACGACAUAUGUGUCGCCGUGUGAAGCUGGCUGUACAGGGCUACAAAGCAUCAAUAACUUACAGGUGUAUACAAACUGUAGUUGUGCCUCAACUGGACACGCGACUCCGGGCGCCUGCAGCGACUACAACUGUCAAAUUGGAUUUAACUUCCAUGGAGUGCUGUUUAGCUUGAUAUUGACUGUGUCUCUGGUGGCGUUCCAAGCUCAUAGCAUGUCUAUCUUGAGGUCAGUGGACCCACGAGACAAGUCCAUCGCCAUGGGUCUGAUGUGGUCUGUCAUCGCUGUAAUGACUUUCGUGGUCGGAAAUAACGUCUUUUAUGCUAUUGGCCUCAACACCUGCAGCUGGUAUACCGGCCAGAGAUGUCAGCUCCACAGCGACUGGUUCCCGUAUGCCAUUGGAAUUGCCUGCAUCAUCUUCACCUUCACAGCCUUGAUUAUCAACGCCACAGCGCGUAGAUAUUUGCGAACGAAACGAAAAGAUGACGUCACGGAUGAACCAAAUGCUUAAUUUUAAUUAUUUAUCUAUUAUCUGUAAGAUUAUGAUGAUAUGAAUUGG